AUGACUGAAUUAGUUGGAACAUGGAAAUAUCUUGAAAGUUCCAAUGUGGAAGAAUUGUCUAGUGAAUUAGGAACUCCUAAUGAUGUAUAUAAUGUUAUCAAUAAAAUGAAAUCAAAUAUGAUCAUAGAUUUGGAUGAUAAUGAAGUACGCAUAAAAAUGAUAAUAUAUGAUCAAGAACUGGAUCAAUCAUUUGAAUUGGGUCAAGAAGUUGAAGAAUUAACAUUUGAUGGACGAAUCGUUCGAGCUAUUGUAACUAUUGAAUCAGACAAGAAAAUGGUACAUAUACAAAAACAUGGCUUUACGGAAACUGUCAUUACACGUGAAGUUGAUGGCGACACACUGAUAACAACAAUAAAAUCUCAGCAGCAUGUAGCAACUAUCAAAUAUCAACGUGUUUGA